GGAGCCUGUCUCCGGACAUGUGGAAUGAUAUUGAGCUGCUAACCAGUGAUGACACUGGAAGUGGGUACCUAAGUGUUGAUUCCAGAAAAGAGCACGGGACAGCUUUGUAUCAAGUAGAUCUGCUCGUGAAGAUCUCCUCUGAGAAGGCCUCCCUAAACCCCAAGAUACAAGCUUGCGGCUUAAGUGAUGGGUUUAUUAUUGUAGCCGACCAGUCAGUGAUUCUGCUGGACAGCAUCUGCAGGUCGCUGCAGUUACAUCUUAUAUUUGAUACGCAGGUUGAUGUGGUUGGCCUCUGUCCAGAAGGACAGUUCCUCUUGGUUGGUGAGAGAAAUGGCAACUUGCACCUCAUUCACGUGACAUCAAAGCAAACGUUACUCACGAAUGCCUUUGUCCGGAAGACUGAUGAUGACAAUGAGUGUGCUUACCGGAGGCUCAUUAUUGAGAAAGAUGGUGCCAGUGAAGGUACCUAUUAUAUGCUGCUGCUUACCAAAACCGGAUUUUUUUAUAUUACUAAUCUUCAACUUGCAAAAAUCCAGCAAGCGAUUGAAAAUGUAGACUUCAAUACAGCAAAAAAGUUACAAGGACAAAUCAAGCCCCGUUUCAUAUCCACUGAAAAUUACCACACCCUCAGUUGCCUCAAUCUUGUGGUUGGAGAUGUAACAAGUGAAGUCCCUGUGAUCAUUGGGGGGACUGGGAAUUGUGCGCUCACAAGAUGGGCACUUGAUCCUUCCAAGAAAGAAUUGGUUAAGAAUCUUAUUGAUUCAGAGAUUAUUAAAGGCGCUAAGAAGCUCCAGCUCAUCAACAACCUACUGUUCAUUCUGGAUACCCAGAAUGUGCUCAGCUUAUGGGACAUUCACUCUCUGACUCCGGUGUGGAACUGGCCCGCUCUCCAUGUCGAAGACUUCCUCCUGACCACGGAAGCAGAGUCGCCCUCAUCAGUCACGUGUCAAGGAAUCACAAACCUCAAGCUCAUCGCUCUGACGGCGACUGCCACGAAGCAGAUGAAAAAUCUCACCGUUUAUACAUUACCUACGAUGGAAGUACUGUAUUCUCUAGAAGUGUCUAGUGUUUCUUCACUGGUCCAAACUGGAAUUAGCGCAGAUACUAUAUACUUUCUGGAAGGAAUUUGCACAAGUGAUCCCAGAUUGGCUGAAAAUUCGGCCUCUGUCUUAGUACUUCGAUGUCUUACAGAAGCUUUGCCAGAAAACAGACUGAGCCGGUUGCUCCACAAACACAGAUUUGCUGAAGCCGAGAACUUCGCCAUUCAGUUUGGCCUAGAUGUCGAGCUGGUUUACAAGGUAAAGUCCAACGAUAUUCUGGAGAAACUAGCCUUGAGUUCGGCGGGCCCAGGUGAGUGGACAGAAUGGCAGACGCUUGUAGAGGAAGCCAAGGUAAACCUCCAUAAAAUCCAGGACGAUGAAUUUGUGGUGAAUUACUGCCUGAAGGCCCAGUGGAUCACCUACCAAACAACUCAGGAGAUGCUGACUUAUGCUAAAACCAGGCUUUUAAAGAAAGAAGAUGGCUUCGCUGCCCAUUCGGAUGGCUUAAAAGAGGUACUCAAGGCUCAUGCGAAAUUGACUACAUUUUAUGGAGCAUUUGGACCAGAAAAAUUCAGCGGUAGUUCUUGGAUCGAAUUUCUGAAAAACGAAGAUGACCUUAAGGAUAUUUUUAUACAGCUACGAGAAGGAAACCUUGUUUGCGCACAAUACCUUUGGCUCAGACAUCGGGCCAACUUUGAAAGCAAGUUUUCUGUGAAAAUGCUUGAGAACUUGCUCAACUCAAUUUCUACUCCAGUGUCUCUGCAAAACCUUUGUCUGUGGUUUAAAAAUGAUAUCAUUCCAUUUGUGCAAAAGACAGUACCGGAGGGGCAGAAAAUUCUUGCAAAAUGGUUGGAGCAAGCAUCCAGGAACCUAGAAUUAACUGAUAAGGCAAACUGGCCGGAAAACGGACUUCAACUGGCAGAGGUGUUUUUUACAGCAGACAAGCCAGAUGAGAUGGGAUUGGUGGCCUCCUGGCACUGGAUUUCCUCGAAGGAUUAUCAAAACACAGAGGAAGUAUGCCAAUUAAGAACUUUGGUAAGCAACUUGCAAGAGCUGAUCACGUUACACAGGAAAUACAACUGCAAACUGGCCCUGUCUGAUUUUGAGAAGGAAAACACAACCACCAUUGUGUUCCGGAUGUUUGAUAAGGUCUUGGCCCCAGAGCUUAUUCCUUCCACCUUAGAGAAGUUCAUAAGGGUUUACAUGAGCGAGCAUGACCUGCAAGAGGAGGAACUUCUCCUACUGUACAUAGAGGAUUUAGUGGAGAGAUGCAGCUCAAAGUCCACCUCACUCUUUGAAACAGCAUGGGAAGCAAAAGCCAUGGCAGUAAUAGGAUGCUUAUCUGACACAGACCUCAUCUUUGAUGCUGUCCUAAAGAUAAUGUAUGCCGCGGUGGUCCCCUGGAGUGUGGCUGUAGAGCAGCUAGUGAAACAGCAUUUAGAAAUGGACCAUCCCAAAGUCAAGUUAUUACAAGAAAGCUACAAACUAAUGGAGAUGAAGAAACUCUUGCGAGGCUAUGGAAUAAGGGAGCUGAACAUCUUAAACAAGGACAUCAUGAGGGUAGUCAGGUACAUUCUCAAACAGGAUGUCCCCUCUUCUCUAGAGGAUGCUCUGAAGGUGGCACAAGCAUACAUGUUGCCUGAGGACGAAAUUUACAGUCUACGAAUGAUUGACCUGAUUGACAGAGGACAGGGUGAAGAGUGUCUGCUGGUGCUGAGGUCGCUGCCGCCUGCGAAAGCUGACCGAACUGCAGAGCGGGUGGUCAUCUGGUCACGUCUGGCAUUGCAGGAAGAACCAGAUGGUUCCGAAGAGGACAAGGCCUGGAGAAUGUGUGUAGCGAAGACCUCCGCGGAUCUUCUUAAAGUGCUGUGCGACAUUCGGAAAGACAAUCUGCCGAAGAAGGAUGAAUGUGAAGAAGACUUGAGCCUGUUCAAAAGCGCUGCUAACUUGCAGGAGAACUUCGGGGCCUUCCUUCGAUUCGAAGACUACAGCAGCCGCUCCCUGGUGGCUGAUCUCCACGAGCAGCACAUCCGAGCUCAGGAAGCCGCCCAGGCACGGCAGCAGCAACCGCAGCCGCUCAGGAGGCCCCCUGAGCCCACCGCGGCCGGGACGCAGAGCCGGCGCCCAGACUCGAAGCUGCACAGGCAGGCACUGGCACUGCAAGUGUCUGAACAAGAACUGGAGGCUGAGCUGACCCUGAGGGCCCUCAACAAUGGCAAAGUCCAGACCGCGCUAAAGAAAUGCAGAGAUGCCUUUACGUAUCACUGUAACACCAGCUCUGGGAAGUUGCUCUUUUUGACUGUUCAGAAGCUUUGUCAUAUGUUGGCGAACGACGUCCCAAUGGUGGUCCCCGAGGGAAUGAAUCUUCCUUCAGAGAUCCACAUGUUAGCCUGCCAGGCCGCCACCAUCUGCAGCCCAGAUUUUUUACUGGAUGCUUUGGAACUUUGUAAAUAUACUCUAACAGCUGUAGAACUUUCCAGGCAGUGCCAAAUGGAUGACUGUGGAAUCCUUACAAAAGCUUCUUUUGGAACACACAAAGAUCCUUACGAAGAGUGGUCUUACAGCGACUUUUUCAGCGAAGAUGGAAUUGUCCUCGAGCAGCAGAUGGUGCUACCUGUCAUUUAUGAACUGAUUUCCUCCCUUGUGCCCCUGACUGAAAGUAAACGACAUCCCUUGGAUUCUGCCAGUUUGCCAUACUGCUCGUCAAAUCAAGGAGACUGCCUAGUGUUGCCAGUUAUCAGCUCCAUCUCCGCCCUGCUUCAGAACCUUCAGGAAUCCAGCCAGUGGGAGCUGGCGCUCCGAUUCGUCACCAGUUCGUUUGGCACCUGCCUUCAGCACAUGAUGUCCAACUUCAUGAAUGACAGCUUGAGUGAAAAGAUGUUUGGAGAAGCCACGUUGGUUAAAUCAAGGAGCAUUGUUCUGGAACUGAAAGAAAGGGCCGUUAAAUUCAUCAGGGGGAAUGCUGUAACACUCUUAAACAAAAUAUUCAACUGUCGCCUGGUCGACCUGGACUUGGCUUUGGGCUACUGCACCCUCCUGCCCCAGAAAGAAGUGUUUGAACACCUCUGGAAGCUCAUAGACAACGCAUGGCAGAAUUACGACAAAAUUUUGGCGAUAGCUCAGGUGGGUUCGGAGCUGGCCAGACUCUACCAGCAAAGAGAAAUGGAACUGAAGUUCUGUGAGCUCUGUACCGAUGCCCAGUGGGGUGUCCGCCUCAGCAGGCUUGGGAUUUCUUUUCAGCCAGCUUUCAGGCAGCAUUUUCUCACCAAGAAAGACCUCAUUAAAGCUCUGGUGGAAAACAUGGAUAUGGACACGAGCCUCCUUCUGGAAUACUGCAGGACCUUCCAGUUGAACUGCGACGCCGCUCUCCAGCUGUUCAUCGAGACGCUGCUGCACCAAACCAGCGUCAGCCAGGGCCAGGGGGACGCGCCUGCGGAGUUGACAGAGCAGCGGCACCCCAAAAUCCUAGCCAAAGCCAUCGAGAUGGUCCCUUUACUGACGAGCAUGAAAGAUCUGGUCAUCAGCCUUAGUGGGAUCCUGCACAAGUUGGAUCCCUACGACUAUGAAAUGAUUGACGUUGUCCUGAAAGUCAUAGAAAGAGCCGACGAGAAGAUAACCAACAUCAAUAUUAACCAGGCAUUGAGUCUUCUGAAGCAUUUGACAUCUUACCGAAGAAUUUCGCCUCCGGUGGACCUCGAGUAUCAGUAUAUGUUGGAGCAUGUGAUCACACUGCCACCAGCCGCCCAGAACAGACUGCCUUUCCACUUGAUAUUCUUUGGCACAGCACAGAACUUUUGGAAAAUUCUCUCUACGGAACUCAGUGAGGAGUCCUUCCCAACCUUGCUCCUAAUUUCUAAAUUGAUGAAGUUCUCCUUGGACACGCUGUAUGUAUCGACGGCCAAACACGUUUUUGAGAAAAAGCUGAAGCCAAAGCUUCUGAAGUUAUCACAAGCCAAAUUCUCAACUCUGAUGACCAAGGAGGUAGCCAAGGUCACACAAACCAUCGAGUCCUACUUGUUGUCUAUAGUUAACCCCGAGUGGGCUGUCGCUAUAGCCAUCAGUAUUGCCCAGGACAUUCCAGAAGGUGCCUUCAAAAUGUCCAGUUUGAAAUUCUGUCUUUACUUAGCCGAGAGGUGGCUACAGAACAUUCCAUCUCAGGAUGACACGCGUGACAAAGCGGAGGCUUUGCUGAAGAAGCUUCAUGUUCAGUACCGGCGGUCGGGCACAGAAGCCGUGCUCAUCGCUCACAAGCUGAACAGCGCCGAGUACUUGCGCUCCAUCGGGAAGCCGGCCCACCUCAUCGUCAGCCUCUACGAGCACCCCAGCAUAAGCCAGAGGAUCCAGACCUCAGCGGGCCAACAUUUCCCCGACAUUCACGCCGCAGCCAAAGAAAUAGCUGAAGUCAACGAGCUGAACUUGGAAAAGGUCUGGGACGUGCUAUUGGAGAAAUGGCUGUGCCCAACAACAAAGCCUGGAGAAACGUCGCCGGAAUUGUUUGAACUUCAGGAAGACGAUGCUCUACCAAGAGUCCUGUACCUUCUCCUGUCUCGUCCGCUCGAUUACAGCUCAAGAAUGCUGUUUGUGUUUGCCACGUCCGCCACAACUACUUUAGGGGCUCGCCAGUUAACCUUUGCCCACCGGACACGGGCUCUCCAGUGCCUCCUGUACUUGGCCGACAAACAGACGGUAGAGUCCCUCUUCAAAAAACCGAUGGAAGAUGUGAAAUCGUAUUUGAAAUGUAUAACCUUCCUGGCAUCGUUUGAGACUUUGAAUAUCCCCAUCACAUAUGAAUUAUUUUGCAACAGCCCGAAAGAGGGGAUGAUUAAAGGUCUGUGGAAAAACCACAACCAUGAACCCAUGGCGGUGAGGUUGGUAAGCGAGCUCUGCUUAGAAUACAGGGUCUACGACCUGCAGCUCUGGAACGGGCUCCUGCAGAAGCUCCUGGCCUUCAACAUGAUUCCUUAUCUGAGAAAAGUGUUGACCGUCAUCUCCAGCAUCCAUUCUUUAUGGCAGGUCCCCUACUUCAGCAAAGCGUGGCAGCGUGUGAUCCAGAUACCAUUGCUCUCAGCUUCUUGCCCUUUAAGUCCGAGUCAGUUAUCCGAUUGUCGCGAGAGUCUCAUUGCUGCGUUAGAAUGUCCAGUCUCGGGUGACCUCGACAUGCUCGCCGUUGCCAGGCAGUACGCCCAGCUAGAGCUCCCAGCCUUUGCGUUGGCCUGCCUCAUGCUCAUGCCCCACUCAGAGAAACGGCACCAGCAAAUCCAGACCUUCCUGGGUUCAUGCGAUCUGCAUAUCACCCUGCAGCAGUUGGAGGCGUACAUGAGUACUGGCCAGUUGGCGGGAUUCUCACAUCAAGUUCGAAGUUUGGUUCUGAACGACAUCAUAAAUAAGAAAGAGUUUGGGGUUUUGGCAAAGACAAAAUACUUUGAAGUGUUGAAAAUGCACACGAUGAAUACCAACAACGUCACCGAGCUAGUAAACUAUUUGGCCAAAGAAUUAAGUGCGGACGAAGCUUCAGUCUUUAUAACGGAAUAUUCGAAGCAUUGUGGGAGACCUGUGCAUGCCAGUGCUGCUCCCUGUGAAAUGCUGCAGAUGUUUCUUAGUGGAUCAUAGAUCGUCAAACCUUUGUCAAGGCCAAGAAGAAGUUUGGACUCUGCCCUUACCUGAGCAUAUUUAUUAAGACUGUAAAAGUGUACUUUCUGUGUUCUGUAGCUCUCUGGCUAUUUGUUAUAUGCUAUAUCACUCCCCAAGCAAUAACUCAGAUGCUUCAUAUUAAAUCAUUUCGUCCCAUAACAAACUCAUGCCCCGAAUUCAUCCAUCGGUGGUGUGUUGGUUCGCCGUUAUUGCCGCUGUCACUUGUGAACUUUG